AUGCUUUCUGGAUAAUGUAUAGAAUUAAUGUUUAGCUAAUAAUUAGUAUUAUUAAUUAAUUAAUAGUUUAAUUGCAAAAUGUGGAGGCAGUAUUACGAUAGAGGGUUUAUAAGAAAGGUCAUGAUGGAAAUGAUCAAUCAUAUGAUGAAAAUUUAAUGUUGUGUUGAAUGUGAAUAAAAUUAAUGUAUAAUGCAUGAGGAUAAAUUUUACAUUUUAGAUAUUGAACUUAAAAAAUUUUGUAAAUAAAUUCGUAUAAAAAUGAUCAAAACAUUGAGUUCCAAUUACAAGUUUAAGGAAUAUUUUACUUUAAGAUGUUGA